AUUAUGGGUCAAAUAUCAACUAAAUCAGCCUAAAAACAUAAAUUGGCAGUUUAGGAAGAAAACUAAGAGCAAGAAAAUGAAAAAGAAAACAUGGAAAUAGAAUAAGUUGAUUAAAUCAGUGUUGAAAAUUAAAAGUAUAAAUAAGAAUUUUUAAUAUUAGAUAUCCAUUUUGUAUAGUUUGGACUAGUAUACCAGUUUUAACAUGGCUUAUUCCUUGUAUUGGACAUACUGGGAUUUGUACAUCUGAAGGAACUAUUCAUGACUUUGGAGGACCUUAUUAUAUUGCAAUAGAUAAUUUUACAUUCGGAAAACCAUUAAAAUAUGUGAAAUUAAAUAAAAAUUUUGAAGUUUCAAAUUAAAUAUGGGAUGAUGCAGUUUUAAAAGCUGAUGAUGAAUUUGGAUAAUAGAUGGUAAUCAUAUCCAAAUAAAUUAGCAUAAUUUGUUUACAAAUAAUUGUCAUAGUCAUGUUGCUAAGGCUUUGAAUAAUAUGAAAUAUAAUGGAAAAUAAUCAUACACUAUGAUUCAUAUAUGGUUAAUGCUAAUUUUAAGUGGAUAAUAUGUUAGGUAUUUUUUAUCUUAUUUUAAUAGUUUUGGAAAAUUUUUUAUGACUUUUUUACCAUCUUUGAUAUUUUAUGGCAUCAUUUUAAUGGUUGUAUUUUUUAAUAAAUGAAUAUGAAUAGAAUAUCCG